AUGGUUCCGUUGAAGGUUAAUUUUGUCCUAGGCUUACUAGGCGUUGCGUUUCUUAAUAUUCUGGUGCUUUGCAUGGCUCGUCCUGGAGUCCAUUAUUAUGAUUUUGUUCUAAAGGAAACCAACUUUACAAGGUUGUGUAGCACGAAGAGCAUGUUGACAGUAAAUGGAAGUUUUCCUGGGCCAGUGAUUCAAGUUCGUAGAGGAGAUUUGGUCUACGUUAAUGUCCACAACCAAGGAAAAUAUGGUGUCACUAUUCACUGGCAUGGCGUGAAGCAACCGAGAAACCCAUGGUCAGAUGGUCCUGAGAAUAUAACCCAGUGCCCAAUCCAGCCAGGAACUAGCUUUACUUAUAAGGUUAUAUUAUCAGACGAAGAAGGAACCCUAUGGUGGCAUGCACACAGUGAUUGGUCUAGGGCUACUGUCCAUGGCGCUUUUGUGAUUUUGCCUAAGCGUGGAACCACUUACCCAUUUGCCAAACCCUACAAGGAACAGAUUAUUGUGCUUGGAUCAUGGUUUAAGGAAGACUUGAAGGCAAUAAUUGAUGAGGCUCUGGAAACAGGCGGUAAUCCAAAUACUUCAAAUGCUCACACCAUCAAUGGCUACACAGGAGUAGUUAACGCAACUGUCUGUCCCACUGUCAUCUUCUACCUACCCGUUGCAGGAAAAACAUUUCAUAUGCUGUUUAGCUAUGGCAAGACUUAUCUUCUGAGGAUAGUGAAUGCUGUGAUGAACGACGAACAAUUCUUUGGCAUCGCAAACCACAAGCUCACAGUUGUUGGAUCAGAUGGAGCAUACACCAAACCUUUUACCACUGAUUACUUGUUUAUAACUCCAGGCCAAACAAUGGACGUUUUGGUCACAGCAAAUCAAUCUCCUAGCAAAUAUUACAUGGUCUCUACUCCUUAUUUUGAUAGUUUUGCAGAAUUUGAUAACACCAGCGUCAAGGCAAUUAUUGAAUAUGAAGGCAAAUAUUCUCCUCCUAAAUCUAUCCCUUUGCCCAACUUACCUGCAUAUAACAAUGAAAGUGCUGCUCAAAACUUCACUGUUCUCUUGAGGAGCUUAGCAAGUAAGGAACACCCUGUCAAUGUCCCCAAAAAGAUUACUAAACGAAUUUUUAUCACUAUCUCUUUGAAUCUCUUGCCUUGCCCUGCUGGGAAAACCUGCAAAGGCCCAUUCAAUCAGACCAUGUCUGCGAGCUUGAAUAACAUAAUUUCGUUACACCUAAAAUUGAUGUAUUGGGAGCAUAUUACAGGUAUCUAUUUCCAUUAUUCUCCAUUCAUCAGAGCUUUUAACCAAUAUAUACAAGAUAAUUACAUUGAAAGUGUGUUUUUUCUUAAUAGGGGAAUCAAUGGCGUUUUCGGCAAAAACUUCCCAAAUCAGCCCAAGAUUUUCGACUUUACUGGGGACGUGACAAACAUUUCACAAUACACAACUCAAGGGACAAAGGUUAUACCUAUAGAAUAUGGUGAAAAGGUUGAGCUUGUGUUCCAAGGGACUGCUAUUCAGUCCCCGGAGAAUCAUCCCAUGCAUCUUCAUGGUUUUAGCUUCUAUUUGGUCGGAAUUGGUACAGGGAAUUUCAGUAAGUCUGACAUCAAGAAUUAUAAUCUCGUCGAUCCACCAGAAGUUAACACCAUUGGAAUCCCUAGGAAAGGAUGGGCUGCCAUUAGGUUCACUGCCAACAAUCCUGGUGUAUGGUUUAUGCACUGCCAUUUGGAACGACAUGCAAGCUGGGGAAUGGACACUGUGAUAAUAGUGAAGGAAGGACGUACCAGGGCUAGUAGAAUGCUUCCUCCACCUGCUUACAUGCCUCCAUGUACAAUCUAGACUUAAUUUGUUUAGCUAUUAACCAAUGAAAUAAUGUGAUCUUUUUCUCUUUUUUAAUUUUUUGAUUUUUAUUUUUUUACCUUUGCUUUGCUACUGCACUUGCAUAUGUAUGGCAUGAAGCAGAUGAAUAAUUGGAUAUGUUUUCUUUUAUUAUUUUUAUUUUUCUUGUUAUCAUAUGGUACCCAUUAACGAAUAAGUUUAUGUAUAAUUAAUUCUGAUCACACUUUACAAGUUGUGAAGAGAAGA